AUGCACGGUUGCCACAGAAACUAGCCGAGAGAACCUCCGGCCCCGGCACGGACGCACGGUAGGCUGGCACAGGGGCGGGGCAGCUCACCGCUUCCGCCACAAAAAAAGAAGCCGUGAUGAUGCAGGCGCUGGGCCUGGGCCGCGGGUCCAUCCCCCUCCAUGUCUGCCGCUGCUGCUGCACCGCCGCCGCUUCUCCCUCUGCUCCGGCUCCACCCCGUCCCCGCAACGCGACAGUGCUAAACACCCGCAUCGCCGCCGUGCGCGCCAGCGCCGCCCAGCCCGCGCAGAUGGAACGCACGCACGGGGAGGAGCCGGCGAGGGUGGUGAAGCUGCGGGCGGUGGAGGCCACGCCCGAGUCCUUCGCGCCGUUCGGGCAGGUCAUCGCCGCCUCCCCCGACGGCGACCAGUUCGGCCCCCACGACGCGCAGCUCGACCUCAGCCGCGGCAUCCCUAGGUUCUACAUCAUGCGACUGCAGGACCGGCCGCUGAAGUUCUCGAGCAUCACCCACCACGCCAGCGUGACCCAGUGCCUGGGCUCCAUCGGCGGCCAGGACUGGUACCUCGGAGUGGCCAAGCCAUCGAUCGUGGAUGGACCGUCUGAGCAGAGUGGUCAGGAGGGGAGGAAACCGCUGCAGUCUCGCGCUGGUCACUACUAUCUGCCUCCCGAUCCUGCCGAGGUCUGCGUGUUCCGGGUUUCCGGACCCAAGUUCCUCAAGCUGAACAAGGGGACCUGGCAUGCCGGGCCGCUGUUCAAGAGGGAUGCAGUGGAUUUCUAUAAUCUGGAGCUGAGCAACACCAACGUCGUUGAUCACACUACACACCAUUUCAAGAAACAUGAUGGGAUAAUCUUCGUGGUCGAGGACUGAGACAUUUUGCAAUACGCACGGGCGCGGACGUUGUUGAGCAGCAGAUACGAGUUUACAAUAGGCAGCCGGCUCAUCUUCUCCUGGUUUGUAUGAACAACCAGUUUACAAGAUCGCUCACUGAUCUUCUCCAAAGUUUGUAAUGAACAGCCAACAUGUAAAUGUUAUGUAGAAAUGCACGGAGUGAGGUGCUUGUCCCCCGUUGUCCGAACCUGCGCCUUCUGUUUUCUGUCAGCGCCGGAAAGGUUAAAACUCCCGUCUACGCUUUGGAGACGUAUAUAUGGAACCCAGACAUCUUUAAAA